AUGAUAGCGGCAGCUUUUGCUGCAUAUCACCAGCCCUGCGAUGAUACGAAACUGUGCAGUACCCUUGAAGCAGCUUCAGUUAUCAUUCAACCGAACAGCGGAAUGGCAAAACUCACUACAUCAAAGGUCGGUGAUUCGUCACAACAAGACCAAUUUGACUUCCUGCCUCUUUACUACAUGGCUAAAUUUGCCGGUUUGUGGCCCCAAAGCAUAAGACGUUCUUCACCUGGAAUUUCCGUUUGGAGCCUGCUUUAUCUAAUAGUCGUUUACAGUUUUCUUGGUUAUUGCAUCUACGUCAACAGCGAUCCCUCAUUAUGGUCCAAUUUGUUGCAUCAAGUGGAUUCUGGAAUUUUGCGCUACGGUUUACAAAUUCACAUCAUUAAUGGACUGGCGAUGGCAAUAAUCGUCAGUGUUAUAAACAUUUUCCAGCGUCACCAGAAAUGGAGCUUUUUAGAACUUUUUCAACAAACAACCGACAUUGUUCGAAGAGAUCUUUAUGUGGAAAUACCCUUUAAGUUUUAUUAUGGAAUCGCAACUGCUCAAAACGUAUUCCUUCUUGCUGUAACCUUGUUGUACUACUAUCUUCUAGCAGUCAAGCUACGGAUCGACUCCAACGUUCUAUACAUUUCCUACUAUUUGAUCAACAUGACAUCGCUUAUAUUCACCGUCGAAUAUGUUGCUUUUGUUGUGUCGGUUAAAAGCAGAAUGACGUUGGUAAGCUCGUUGUUGAAACAACUACUGUUCGAAAAAUCGGACGUUGAAUUUGUGGAAUUGGACUCGAAAACACCAACAAUAGCAUAUAAUGAAAUAUUCAUGAUUCGAAGCAAUAUCAAAGAUCAAUUGAAAGAUGAAAAGAAGAUUGUUUUUGUGGAUGAAACUAAUGAGACUAUGAUCAGUUCUUUGAAAUCCUGGUGGAAGUAUUUGAAUCGGAAACAACUCAAAGUACGAAGACUCAGAGUGGAUCGUUAUUCAUCUACUUCUGAGAUAAAUGAAUUCGUCGACGUUUUAAGCUGUUUGCAUUACAAAUCUUGUGAAUGCGUAGAGUUGCUGAAUAGAUCGUUCUCCAUACAGCUGAUGCUACAUUUUGCUACGAUGUUUCUUUAUCUUGUGUUUGCAUUAUUUGCUUUGUAUAAAGCUUUUAAUACUACUUCUGUACCGUUUCAACUCCUGGCUGCUGCAAAUGGUUUUUGGAUAGUCUAUUAUAUGACAUCGAUCAUGGUUAUCAUAUCCGUUCAAUCAAGCACAGUGGAAUCGUGUCAUGAAUCGGGCGAUAUAGUACAUCAAAUCAUAAGACAAAAUCAAAAGACCUUUGGCACAGCGGCCAUUGAAAAGCUCUCUACAUUUUCACUGCAACUGAAAAUGAGAAACAUAUCAUUCUCAUGUGGACUGUUCGAGUUUGAUUGGCCUCUUUUUGCGUCGAUGCUGGCUGCUAUCGCGAUGUACUUGGUCUUUCUGAUCCAGUUCGAUGUGACUCCGACCCAAACGAAUUCGAAUAUUACUUCUGCUAAGAGCUAAAAUGGAAUGCCUAUGCUCAUGAUAACGAUAAUAUUU